AUGUGUUGUUUCAGGAUACAAGAUGAGACUGAAGUUACCAAUAGUGAGAUCGUAGCGUAGCUGAUGCCAUCACAAACAGCCAGAUAAUACCGAUGAUAACGAAACAUCAUUAAAAACCAACAGCGAUACCGUGAAAAACGGUGCGAAUAAACAAAUGACAGAUGAAACCGGCGCCACAGACAAACCCGAAGAUGGCGAUAACGUAAAAACCGAAAACGAAACGAAAGAACCGAAGAGAACCGUUUCAUUUAACAGAGACGUACACGUCAAGAGAUUCGGCAAACCGCGCGAGCGGGGAACCUCUAAGGAGCCACCGCCGACCGUGCGCAAGGAACCCUUCACCCACCUGUCGGAGCAAGAACUCAUCGACGAGGCCAACAGAGUCCGCGCACAGGCCGACAGCGUCACUUGCACCUCAGACAAUCCAGAGAAGUUCUUCUCACUCCCACACAGGCGGAAGAAAGAGGACAGAACCAGCAGGAGAAACAGUGAUGACAACAGCGACAAAACUAAGUCACCUUUAGAACGAUCUGUCAGCGAUGUAGGUUCCAAAAAGAAGAAAGAACGAACCUCAAUUUCCACGCUGUUUAGACGAGCUAAAGAACAGCGAAAUAAACCUGACGUUUCUGUUGUAGUAACUGCUAAGCCUGCUGUUAUAGUGAAAAGAAGUAAAAGUGAUGUGUCGGAUCUUAAAUCGAAAGACACUAACUUGAACACACAACCUAAACCUAUCCGUAAAAGAUCUGGUAGCGAAUCAGAAGAGUUUUUGAAAUCAUUAAGAAACAGGAAGAGUCAACUUUCUCCAAUCAUUGAAAGUUCACCAAGAGAAGAUUACUUUAAGAAAACUCCGCCGCUUGAAGUGUUCCAAAAACAAAAACUAGCCCAAAAGGAUAGUACCAAAUCGGAAGAAUUAAGUCCUAGUGAAAGCUCUAAGGUUAACCCAAUAGAAAAACCUCCGAGAUUUAAAACACCUGAGAAAAAAGAGCCUAAACCACCAGCAAGAACUAAGAAAGGUAAAUCUUCUGGUGAUGAAAAAGAAAAAUCACCACCCAUAAAAGAAACGCCUAAACGAAAGACAGAGGUUAAGAAAACACUAUUAGUUGAUGAAAUUGAUUCUAUAAAAGCUAAAGAUAUAAACCCUGUUGAACUCAAAGAUAGAAUCAAGGAAAGCAUACGAAAGAUCGAAGAAAACGUUUAUGCUGGUAGAGAUAUGAUACACAGUAGUCAACAGCCUCCAGACAAGCCUCCGUUGACUAGAGGAAAUACUGUUGAUCAUAUGGUAAAGCUCCUUAAGGAGGACCAACACUCUCCUCCUCCUAAAACUCAUUUAAUAUCUCCACCUAACGGCACUAACAUUAAUCAACCAUUUUCAUAUACUAAGCCUAGUGUGAGUCCUGAUCCGAAUUUGUUUGCCAGAAAUACUAGUCCAGAUCGAGUGCCUUCUCCUGUAAAUAAAAUGAUGAACAGAGGAGUUGUAUACGCUCAUGUAGUGAGAGAUCUCGGAGACACGAAGUCGAAUAAUGUUACUAAACAGACUGUCCACAAAACCUUUACUCCUCCCAGAGAUAGAUAUGGUCAACACUCUGACGAGGAUGAAGGGCUCGGGUAUGAGGAGAGGUACAAAUAUUCCAACAACCGUUUGUAUGACUCAGAAUAUAAAAAUAAUACAACGCACAAAAACUCUGAAACUUAUAAAAUUAUUGAUUCGCCGAUAAGGCCAAGAUUUAGAGAAUACAAACUGACAAGUUUUGACGAUAUUGAACCAACUUAUGCCAACGAAUAUCCUUUAAAAGAGGACAAAUCACGAGAUUUUAUUGAAUCUUCUAGAGGACAGGCUGACGGUAUGGAUACUAAAAGAAAACCAUUUGAGAGUGAAGAUAAAGUUGAUUUAGAUUUUAAUGAAUUAAGUCACAGACGGCAGUUGUUGGAGUCAAGAUUGAAUGCUCGAAGGUAUGAUCGCGAUAGAAUCAAUACAGGAGAGCCGAUCACAAAGUAUCUAGUCGAAACUGAUCCAAUCUAUGAAGCCGAAAAACGAAGACUUGCUACUGAGAAAUAUGUUAAUGAAACGGCGAAGUAUUACCGUCAUACCGUAGAACGCGACGGCUUUGCUGAGAGUAGCAUAACUGAAGAUUACAAUAAGUAUGAUUCCGAUAAUCAUAAACUGAAAUAUAACACGGAAUCUAGAACAUUCCAUAAAGUUUCCAAAAAUGAGUUAGACAGGCGUGAAUUUAUUGAUAAAUUAGAGCCCAUGAAUAAAAUUCCAGAAAAAAGAAACGGGUUCCCGCCAGAACCAGAGUAUGAACCUCCAAGUUUAGAAAUUAACGUUGGAAAACCAGUGCUUACUCCCGACGAGUAUAAGGAGCAGAAAUAUAGGAUAAAGAAACAAUUGACUUCUAGUCACGACGUUCUUCAGAGUGGUCAUAAGUAUAGGAAAGACGAGGGCUUCGGUAAGAGGAAGGGGCAUUACGCUUCUAAUCCGGAAAUUGCUCAAGAAAGGGAAGAAGAAUAUGCGAACAUUCGUAACGACGCUAAGCAUGCAGAGUCAUAUCACAAUUCUCUUCGUCGAAUGAAAAACAAGGAUAAAUACUACAAGGAAGACUACAGUAUACGUCGUCAUGAUUCUGGGGACAGCCGGGAUUAUUACCGCGAAGAAACUCCGCGGCGAUAUGAAGUUGACAAUCGACUAGUCGAUUCUGGAAUUGAGAACGAUUUCCGUAAAGAUUCUUGUGGAGAAAUACAUAGAUCUAGAAAGCAUGGCAGUAUAGACGAUGUUCGUAACACAUCUCUGUUUUUAGCUAGCGAACGGCAGCAUACAGAAGACAACUAUCCCAGUGAACAGAUAUAUGCCAACGGUGAAUAUAUGGCUCGCUUUGAAGACUAUAGGCCUGAUGGUUAUCGGAAAGACGGCUAUGUACCCAGAGAGAGGAGUGCUGAUGAUGGAUCACACUUUGAACCCCGGGGCGAGAGGUACGAUAAAAGUAUAAGCCGUGAAGACAAAAUCAGUGCGAAACCGCCUAAAGUUACGAAGAAACUAUCUGGACUGGAGAAGAUGAAACAGCUGUUCUCUCGCGACUCUUCCAAGAAGAGCAAGAAGGAGAAAGAGGUCCAGCCGAAGCCACGCACCAGGGUGCUCAAGAGCCCGGAACAUCUUGCAGGAGAUGACUCCGACUACAAAAGAUAUACAGACCCUGAACCGAGUGACAUCGAAGUCAGGAAGAAGGACUACGAACCCAAGGAAGAGAGGAGAUACGACAAAGAUGACAGGAGAUAUGAAAAGGAGGGAAGAUAUAGAGGUUCUCGUGAGAACCUGGACCGGUACCGACCUUCGGAGCAACGAGACAGUGACCCUGAGAGGAAAUACAAGGAAACUGAACUGGAGAGGAGUAGAUACGAAAGAACAAUGAAAGAAGAAAGGAAGUACCAGGAGCGCAGAGAAGCGAGGCGGUACAACUCCUCGGAUAGAGAGAGCGAGCUGCGACCUUCGGAUGACGACCGCAGGCGGACCAAGUCCAGGACUGCGCCACCUCAUGAUUCCCCGGCUUUGGCGCAGCGCUACCGCGAGCGGCGGCGCCUGGCCACGCCGAGCCCCACGCCGUCGCCGCCGCGCACGCAGGGCUGGUUCAAGUCGCUCGACCGCCUCUCCAGGAAGAAGAAGAACGUCAAGACGGAGAAAGAAAUCCCGCCAGAAGACCGAAGCAGCAAACCCAAGCUUAAUUCCCCAGCUAAAAACCUACGCUUCUUCGGCGACACCGACGUGGAAUCCGACGCCAAACACAGCACCGUCAAACCCCACGGAACCUUACGGAAAACCGUCUCUAACUCAACCUCAGGCCUUGACGAAGUCGACCAUGCUGAGUUAAAUAAGAGUUACUCUUUAUCUAACUUAGAUAAGAGCGAUAAGAAGUACUAUAAGAGGAAUCUUCACAAUAUAUCAGAGAUUCAGUCUGAGGACAGUCAGCGGGGGUUGAAGCCGCCGAUGAGUCCGUAUGACAGGUCGAGGAGUCACAGCAGUUCAAAGACGCUGAGGAAUGGGAGGAGGGAGCGAGGCAGCUCCUCGGAGCUGAGGAGUAGCAAGCAGGAUCUCAAUAGGGAUUACAAGUAUCGUCGCCGCACGCCGGCGCACUCGGGCGAGAGCAGCACAGAGGGCGACUCGAGCCACCAAUCACAGCGCAGCGUGGUCUACUUGCAUGCCACCACCGUGGGUGACAUCCCGGACCCCGGCCGCGUGACCCGCAACCGUUCCCGUGACGACGUAUCUUCCGUCAACUCCUCGAACCUCCAGGUCCGCAGCACCACCAAGAGCUUCUCCCUCUUCGCCCCCUGGACCCCCCGCCAUCCGACCGACCACCACGACUUACACUACGCGCAGCGACCAAAAAAAACUAGCGACCGACCACCGACGCUACAGAAAAAUAAAUCGUACAGCCAAUCCACGCUGACGCGACGACCGGUCAAUAACAGAUUAACCAGCUCCAGCACUACUCUUCAUAGAAAACCGGAGAGGAAAGAGCGUAGAGAUGGGCAAAGGAGUCAGUCUAGUGAGGUGUUGAACAGAGAUAGAGUUUCAAGGUCGAUCUCGAUGCCGAAGGAUGAGAAGAAAGCUGGAUGGUUCAAGCUGUCCAAUAAAAAGAAGCCGGAGACUACUAGAGUCCGCUAAUCCUUUAAUGAUACGAUUUAAUCCUUUAAACGCCAAGCCUAUAGGUACUUAGUGUGCGGCGCGUUAUCGUGAACCUUGUAGGUUGAUAUUGAGCUACAGCUGCGCGCUGGCAGUCAAAGGGUUAAUGGAAAAUAUCAGUGCACAAUGCAAAGAUGGAAUAGUAGAGGACAUUUUGAAGGCGAAAAAUAGAUUGUAUUUGAAUUUGACAACGUUGCCAACGUGUCUUCUACCGAGUCUAUCAAAUAACACUGUCAAAAUCAUUGACAAAUAAAAAUAUUAAAAUAUUUAGAAAUUAUCUUAAUAAUAUGGUGCUAUAAUAAUAUUGCCUUCGAUUUAUAUUUUACACACAAUAUUAAUGUUGAUAAUAAGUGCCAUUGACGUGUAUUGUAACGUUACCAGCUGUCAUUAACGCUUGCAGUGUAGAUUAAUCUUUAUUUUAAAUGAGGGUAGGAGGGGUGACUAUGAACUAUAUGUUUUAUGGGGUGACUUAGUCAUUUAUUUCAUUAUUUUAACGCGCUUUUUACUAAUAAUAUCUAUAUAAAGUUUAAUGAUAUAUUUAUAUUUUAUAUUUUGCUAUUGGUUUUAAUACGCUUUGAAAUUAAUAAUAUCCAUUAUGUUUGUACAUUAAAGAACGGAGAUGAUGUCCAAUAAUGUAAUUAAUAACCAACAACGGUUAUAAUAAACUUUGUCUAAUAAAAA